AUGAGCUUUCAUUUAUCCACAACGUAUGAGCGGGCAUUGCUACGUCCGCUUGUCUUACCCCCCACCGACACGAAUGCCACGAACGAGCCGGCAACUCUGUCUGAGGAGUCCCAAUGGCGAGCAUCUACGCAUAUCUUUCGAGGAACAGACGAUCGCGACGAGACUGCUGCGUGGCCACCUGCCAAGUUCAACGAUGACCCGUCCAACAUUCCCAACGACGAGGCAUACAACAUCCCAUACGAUCCCGCAAGCAAGAAAGCAAGCAGCAGCGUCUUCAAGCUGUACUCCGACUCAGAGCAGAGCAAGACAUCAACCGUCCCGCCUCCUAGGCUGAUCGCCAAGCGCUACAUCCCAACAAAACAAGUCAAUAAAUCUGAGCAAGGCGUAACUCUUCUCACGCUUACGGGCAUGGGAGUUCCCAAGGAGAUGUUUGAGCCUAUGCUUGAAUCUCUACUUCCUCGACUGCGCAUGUCUGGUGUCAAGGUUGAAGAGAUCUGGGCGAUAGACAUGCCUCUAAGCGGACAGACAGCCAAGGCUAAUCCCGUGGGAUACCUAUACGCCAAUGAGAAGGACAUCGUCCGAGAUUUACUGCUCUUCCUCACAGCACAUCUUCCUGUACUACCAGGCAAGGAGCUACCGAAGUAUCUUCAACCUCGAAAACCAAUAAGCCAAGCUCAGCAACCUACACGGCAGAAUCUUCAUGUCUUUGCCCACAGCCUCGGCGCUCAAGCCGCUAUCCUAGCUUCCGUUCACGCACCAAGCAUCUUCAGCAGUCUAAUGGUCGUCGACCCAGCCAUGAUUCCCGCUGGAAAGAUCAACGACGCCAUGAAAAAGCUCCCUAAAGAAAUCUUCUGUCUCGGUCUUAAGGAAUCCUUUCGCGAUCGUAAAGCCGUCGAGAACGCACUCCGCGAGAAUAAACGCACAAGAAACUGGGACUCACGCGCCAUAGGCAUGUUCACCCAGCACGGCGUAGUCCCCAACGAAAAGGGAGGUGUCAAACUCAUCGCUCACCCUCGUUUGGAUUGGGCUUUAUGGUACGACAAGCAAACUCCUACUGAGUGUUACGAUCGGUUCAAGGAUAUAAGUGUUCCGUUGCUUGCUAUUAUGCCGAAGAGGCCUUUUGCUGUGCCAGCUAAGAUGUUCGAGGCUGAUGCUGGGAAGUUGAAGGGGAGGGUUGAUGUUAAGUGGGUUGAGGGGACGCAUCAGGUUGUUUAUGAGAGGAUGGAUGAGUGUGUUGGGUUUGUGGGGGAGUGGUUGGGGGAUAUUGCUGGUGAGAAGAGGGCUAAGCUGUAA